CCUGAGGGUGUCAGGGGUCCUGUGAUCCUGUGGCUGAAGACAGGUACAGAAGAAGAAAAGCAGUCCAUGGCCUUGGCUGCUCCCACAGCCCCGAGCAUCAGUCCCUUGCUGGCUGUUCGCAGUGUGCUGCGGGCUCCUGGCCGGGGCCAGCGGAUGCUCUGAAUAAGGGGGCCUGUCAGAUGGGCGUCCGCAGGCCUCACACCUCUGGGCACAACCCUGCUGGGAGCCCAGAAAGCCCUUUGUCCUUCACUGGAUAGUUAGGGUAUUUCUUUCUCCCCCCUGAGGUAAAGACUGCCCAGUAGCCAGUCACGAGAUUUGUGCACCUUUUCCAGGGAAAGAAACGACAUGUUUACAACACAAGGCAUGGUGCAGCAGCCCAGCGAGAGGGCAUCCUGCCUCAAAAUUAGGCUGGCUUGUUUAGAAAGAGUUAACCCUCCAGCUGGUCCUGGCCCAACACACUGCCCCAUGGGUGGGUUAGUGAUCCAGAGCCCUCUGCUCAGCUGCUAGAGAGUCACCGCUUUCCAGAACAGCCUAGACCUGCAAACAAGGAACUCGCCAGCAGAGGGCGGGCACGGGAGGGCAUCUGGACUCCAAGUGCCGCUCUCGGGUUUCCAUUAAGGGAUAUGAAAAACACGACUGGUUUGUCUCUUGGUGACCAGAAAUGCCCACCUCACUGUUUCUGCCUGGCCUAGAGAAGGGAGACACCCCGAUCUGACAAAUGCCUGAGACUCAGCUCAAGGAGGAAGUGCAGCAGAGCAGCUUGGGUCGGGAGAACGCAUUUAAUGAGUACUAGCUGUGUGGCCCCUGCUCUCAUCGCCAGGCCUGCGCUCCUCCCCGCCGCACCUGCCGGGCUCACGGUCCCUUUAAGAGGCCGGGACAUUCCGCGGCGCGGCUCGGGUCCGCCCUCCGCCCGCAGCCAACAUGGCCACGUCGCUGCUGGAGGAUAAGCUGACCUGUUCCAUCUGCCUGGGACUCUACCAGGACCCGGUGACCCUGCCCUGUGGCCACAACUUCUGCGGGGCCUGCAUCCGGGACUGGUGGGGCGGCUGCGAGAAGGCGUGCCCCGAGUGCCGGGAGCCCUUCCGCGACGGCGCCGAGCUGCGCCGCAAUGUGGCGCUCAGCGGAGUCCUGGAGGUGGUGCGCGCCGGGCCCGGCCCCAGCCCGGACCCCAGCGCGUGCUGCCCCCAGCACGGGCGGCCGCUCGAAGUCUUCUGCCGCACCGAGGGCCGCUGCGUGUGCAGCGCGUGCACCAUGAGCGAGUGUCGCCUCCACGAGUGGGUGCUGCUGGACGCUGAGCGCCGGGAGCGCGAGGCUCGGCUGAGAGCCAUGCUGGAAGUCACCCAGCAGCAGGCCACCCAGGCGAAGAGCCAGCUACAGGAGCUGCAGCAGCAAAGCAGCCAGAUCCAGAACUCAAUCUGCACCCUGGCUUCCAUGGUCUCUGCCAAGUUCAGCUGCCUGCUGCAGGCCUUGGAGAUGCGUCGGAUAUCGGCACUGAGGGACAUCGAAGUGGCCAAGACACAGGCUCUGGCGCAGGCCCGGGACGAGGAGCAGCGAAUCCAGGGCCACCUGGAGGCUGUGGUUCAUUCUGACCGCAGGAUCCGGGACCUCCUGGAGCAUUCGGAUGACCAAACAUUUUUCCAGGAAUCACAGCUCCUCGUGCCCCCGGGGCCACUCGGGCCACUGACUCCCCCACAGUGGGAUGAGGAUCAGCAGCUGGGUGGCCUGAAGGAGUCCCUGAGCCAGCUUUGUGACCUUCUCCUGGACAAGGAGGGCCCCCCCGAAGCACUAGCUGAGGCAGCUGACUUGGGUCCCAUGGAGGCCCCAGGUCCCCGGGCACCCGUCCUGAGCCUGAUUUGUCCACUGAGGAGGAAACUUUGGCAGAAUUACCGAAACCUGACCUUUGAUCCGGACAGCGCCAACCGCCACCUCUACCUGUCUCGGCAGGACCAGCAGGUGAAGCACUGUCUCAAGCCGCGGGGCCCGGCCAAGCCAGGCAGCUUCGAGCUCUGGCAGGUGCAGUGUGCCCAGAGCUUCCAGUCCGGGCGGCACUACUGGGAGGUGCGCACGUCCAACCACUCGGUGACCCUGGGCGUCGCCUACCCAGAACUGACGCGGCUCAGGCAGGGACCCCACACAGACAACAUCGGCCGGGGGCCCCACUCCUGGGGGCUCUGCAUUCAGGAGGAAGGCGCCCAGGCCUGGCACAACGGGGAGGCCCGGCGCCUCCCGGCGGUGUCGGGGAAGCUCCUGGGCGUGGACUUGGACCUGGUCUCUGGCUGCCUCACCUUCUACAGCCUGGAGCCCGAGGCCCAGCUCCUGCACACCUUCCAUGCCAUCUUCACCCGGCCCCUCUACCCCAUCUUCUGGCUCCUAGAGGGUAGGACCUUGACCCUUUGCCAUCGGCCUGAGGCCAAACCCUAUUCAGGUCUCCAGGAAGAGGCUUCGGGUCUCAGCGCGCCCGGCCCGCCGCCCAGUGCCCUGGAGCCAUCGGCUCCCUGCGCGCCGGAGCCGUGGCCUGAGGGCGAAGAACCGGUGCGCUGUGAUGCGUGCCCGGAGGGCGCCGCCCUGCCUGCCGCGCUCUCCUGCCUCUCCUGCCUCGCCUCCUUCUGCCCGGCGCACCUGGGCCCGCACGAGCGCAGCCCCGCGUUACGCGGACACCGCCUGGUGCCGCCGCUGCGCCGGCUGGAGGAGAGCCUGUGCCCGCGCCACCUGCGGCCCCUGGAGCGCUACUGCCGCGGGGAGCGCGUGUGCCUGUGCGAGGCCUGCGCCACCCAGGAACACCGGGGCCACGAGCUCGUGCCGCUGGAGCAGGAGCGCGCGCUCCAGGAGGCGGAGCAGCCCAAAGUCCUGAGUGCCGUGGAGGACCGCAUGGAUGAGCUGGGCGCUGGCAUUGCACAGUCCCGACGCACGGUGGCCCUCAUCAAGAGUGCGGCCGCGGCGGAGCGGGAGAGGGUGAGCCGGCUGUGUGCGGAGGCUGCAGUCGCCCUGCAGAGGUUCCAGACUGAGGUGCUUGGCUUCAUUGAGGAGGGCGAGACCACCAUGCUGGGCCGCUCACAGGGCGACCUGCAGCGGCGGGAGGAGCAGCGCAGCAGGCNCCCCCGCUGGGAGGAGCUAAGGCCAGCAGGGCCUUAAUGGGCAUUUAUUUAUCUGGCACAGGAGCUCCUGGCACUCAGGCUGGCCCUGGAGGAGGGGUGCGGCCCUGGGCCUGGUCCCCCGAGGGAGCUCAGCUUCACUAAGUCAUCCCAAGCUGUGAGGGCAGUGACAGAGGUGCUGACCGCAGCCUGCGCCAACCAGUGGGAGCAGCUGCGGGGGCUGAGCCGUGAUGAGGACGGGCUGCAGAAGCUCAGCACGGAAGCAGAUGCUGAGUCCCAGGACCCUGACAGCACUGGCCAGCUGGAGAGUGAGGCGCCCAGGGAUUACUUCCUCAAGUUUGCCUACAUUGUGGACCUGGACAGCGACACGGCAGACAAGUUUCUGCAGCUGUUUGGAACCAAAGGUGUGAAGAGGGUACUGUGUCCCAUCAACUACCCUGAGUCGCCCACCCGCUUCACCCACUGCGAGCAGGUGCUGGGCGAGGGCGCCCUGGACCGGGGCACCUACUACUGGGAGGUGGAGAUCAUCGAGGGCUGGGUCAGCAUGGGGGUCAUGGCUGAAGACUUCUCCCCACAAGAGCCCUACGACCGGGGCCGGCUUGGCCGCAAUGCCCACUCCUGCUGCCUGCAGUGGAAUGGACGCAGCUUCUCCGUCUGGUUCCAUGGGCUGGAAGCGCCCUUGCCUCACGCCUUCUCGCCCACGGUCGGGAUCUGCCUGGAAUAUGCCGACCGAGCCCUGGCCUUCUAUGCCGUGCGGGAUGGCAAGAUGACCCUUCUGCGGAGGCUGAAGGCCACUCGGGCCCGCCGGAGCGGCCCCCCGGCCUCCCCCAUUGACCCCUUCCAGAGUCGCCUGGACAGCCACUUUUCAGGGCUCUUCACAAGCAGGCUAAAGCCUGCCUUCUUCCUGGAGAGUGUGGACGCCCAUCUGCAGAUCGGGCCCCUCAAGAAGUCCUGCAUCUCUGUGCUGAAGAGGAGGUGAUGCAGGGGGCCUGGGGCGGCUGUCUCAGCUCGUGGGACGCCCGCCUCUCCGCGCCCCCCACUUGCCCCAGAGAAGGCACCAGCCUUGGAGUCGCACACAUCCCCUGCCAUCUCAUUUGUAGAGGCGUCUCCCUUCCCUAUGCUUCCACCUCCCAGGAAGGAGGUUCCCCAGACCCCUUCCAGUGACCCUGUUUCGGGAGAGAGCAGCACAGCUGGGACAGAUCCAGGCUACCCCUCCUUUUCCAGUUCCUAGGACAGUGCCUGGCACAUAGUAGGUGCUCAAUAAACGUGUUGAAUGCA